CCUGAAUGUGAAUCACUACUGAAUGUGGGGGGAUGGGUAGGUGCAUGGCUAGCUUGCAUGUUUCUUCGGCACGUCAAAGCUACAACAAUCUGUUGAAUUAGGGACCGAGCCGGUCCGAGUCUCGCAUCAACAAGUCGAUCCGAGCACAGCAAUUCAGACUUUCAGGUUUCACGGCAAGCAGAAAGCCUCCAGUCUGACACUUGAAGAAUGAAGCUCCAAAGCGUGUCCAAGAGCCUGCUGUUGCUGCCCUUCCUCGCGGCCUGCCUGGCUUCGAGCAGCGCUUCUGCGCCAGAAACAAAGCGGGCGCAUACCAGUCUAAAUUUGCGCUCUUUGGCAGCGCUUCCUGUCCCUUUCGUUGCUCGAAAUGGAUCUCAGCCAUGGUCAGGCGUGACCAAUAGCAUCUCAUCCAUGGAUGCCGAGCCUCAAUUUCAAACCUAUAGCUCGGCAGGCGACAAGCUUCUGGGACGCGAUCCCGAGGCACUAAUCCUCGUCCACCGGCCAGGCUAUGCCUUUGCGCACGAAGCUCCAGUCUGGUUCGCAGAUACUCAAGACGUCUGGUUCGCUUCCAACGCCGGGGGCAAGAAUGGCAAGAGCAAUCUGACGACCAACAAUGCCAAUUUCAGAAUCAAUCUGCCUCACGCCCUAACGCUCGCCAAGAACGGCACCGCGACGUUUGAGAAUUCCGUCGAGACCAUCUACAGCCCUCUGGUCGAGGGUAAAGCGCAAUUUGAGGAUAUCCAAAUGACAAACGGUGCGACUUCUUAUGGCGAUGCUGUGUUGCUUUGCAACACCGGCAGAGGUAAUCUCCCUGGAUCUUUAGUCCUCGUCAACCGUUCGGACGUCCAACAGAAGCCCAAAGUCUUGCUCAACAACGCUUACGGCAGAGACUUUGUCAGUCCCAACGACGUUGUAGUCCACCCCAAAGGCGCAAUAUUCUUCACAGAUGCAGACUAUGGAGUCCUUCAAAACUUCAAGCCACCCGUUGCGCAGGCCAAAGCGACCUGGCGCUUCGUCCCAACUACAGGCGAGCUGCGCAUGAUAGACGCAACCAUCACCACACCGAAUGGGAUUGCGCUGAGUCCCGAUGCCAGAACUCUCUACGUCACUGAGACCGGUCUCGCCCAGACUGGGGCAGGUACGGACGACUAUUCGAUCCCCGCCGUCAUCUACGCCUUCGACCUCGACACCACCGGCUCAAUCGUCUCCAACAAGCGGACCUUCACCAACGUGCCGACCGGCAUCGCCGACGGCAUCAAGACGGAUUCCAAAGGAAACGUGUACACCUGCACAGGCGGCGGUCUAGAAGUCUAUGCACCCAGGACUGGUCAGCCUCUGUACCGUUUCUCCUUGCCUACGGGCUGCACGCAAGUCGUCAUGGUUCAAGACGGACGCUUGCUGCUUUUGGCUGAAGAGACGAUCUGGUACUUGCGCGUCGCAUCGCAUGUUCAGCCUGCACCCAUCGCCUCCUACCCCAGAUCUGGUAGACUUCAAGGCUACUGAAUUGGAGCGAGAAACGUGAUGACAGUAUCGCUUGCAGUUCGCAAGACGUAUGCGCUCCAGUAUGAACUGCUCCAAAACGCAGGGCUGCAAGCCAACAAAAAAGGCUAUAUAUAAGAUGCAAAUCGCACUCUCAUCUCAUUUCUUCACUGCAUAGUCCCAACCUUGCUCCUGCAGCCUUUGGACUUUGCCAAGGACCUCCUGCUCCAUCGCAUCCAUGUAGCUUUGCAUCGCUUCCAAAUAGUGCGGAUCUGCAGCACCAAGUAUUCGAAUCGCCAACAGAGCCGCAUUGG